GACAAUUGUUUUUUGCCAAAAGACCCUCCCAACACGGGAACAGAACUUUGGCACCACAUGCCCAGUGUUUUGUGUGUGUGUGUGUGUGUGUGUUUGUAAAAGAGAGUGAGGGUGAAAGCUUUGUCUGGGUCGUCCUCACAAGGUCCACACAGUCUGCACAGAGUUUGAUCUGGAUUCUUCUUUCUCAUUUAUCUGCCAGCCUCAGUUAUGAGGACCUGUGUGUUUUUUCUUUGUCUACUGGCAGUCACACUUGUGCCACCUGUGGAGAGUAGGAGCCGUGGAAAACACCACAGACGACACGGGAUCUCACACACGGCCAAACCAAAGGAUGACGUACUAGAGGAGACCAAUCAGCUUCAAGUUUUACCCACUUUAGACACAUUUGAAAUCAGGAGCCAGGAUCAGGAAGAGGUCGAAGCCGAGACCAAUGAUCAGAAAGGAGCGUUUGAUGAUUCUGAAAAAAGAGAAGAGGACUCUGCAGUUCUGUUAAGCGAGGAGGAGCUGAUAGACCUCAUAAAGACGGAGGCAGAAGAGGAGGCGAUGGAAGGACGAGGUCUAGAGGAGGAGGAAGCAGGAGAAGAGAAUGACAAAAUGAAACCUGAUUCUGUACAGAUCAGCCCAAAGGUGGGAGCUGACAGGAAGAAGGAGGCUGGUACAAAAAUGAUUUUGAAAGAGGCAACUGAUGAGAGAAAAGAGAAGGUCGAAGAAAAGAAGGAAGAGAAAAUGUCCAAGGACAAUAAAGAAAAAAUGGCCGAUAGAGAGGUGCAGAUGUUUCUGUUGACAGAUGACACUGAAGGCAGCACAGACCCAGAUACAAUGGUUGAUCUUGAUACGGCCGCUGAUGGAGGCAUCCUCGAAUCUGUGAGGUUAAAGGCAGCCAAAACCAGCCUUCCCAGUGAUGAUGAUGAUGAUGAUGAUGAUGAUGAUGAUGUACAGACUGCUUUUAAAGCAGAGGACUAUGAAAAGAACAUACAAGGAACAGAGGAGUCUGAUGAAGAUAGGCUGCAGGGGAACAAUGACAAGAAUUCACGACAAAUACAGAGGAGUUUGGAUCAGGACAUUAUCCCUGAGGACGAGUCCUUACUGGCUGGAAAGAAUAACAAGAUGAUUCAUGGCUCUCUAAAUAAGGAGACGAAAAGGAAGCAAAAAAAGAGCAAGCGGUCAAAAAAGCAUUCUCCACAGAGAGAGGAAGUGCAGCCUGGACAGGAACUGAGCAAAGGAGACUCUCAGGAACCUGAGAACAGCAGCAGCGACAACACCGUGCACAAGGCAAAACGGAGAAAGAUGGGAAAAAGGGGUUCUCUGGUGGGAAUAAAUCCAGUGCAGAUCAGAGCGACGGUGGAGCUCUAUCCUAACCUGAAGCCCACGCUCACUGGAGGCACGCAGGUUCAUCAGCCUGAAGGACAACCUGAUCCAUGUGAGGGGUUCCGCUGCAAACGGGGAAAAACCUGUAAACUGGAUGCUAACAACGAGCCGGGCUGUGUGUGUCAGGAGACGUCAGAGUGUCCUUCCACUGUGAAUGACUUUGAUCGUGUCUGUGGGACAGACAACAAAACAUAUGACACGUCAUGUGCACUCUUCGCCACUAAAUGCAACCUUGAAGGCACCAAGAGGGGCAGCAAACUUUAUCUGGACUACACCGGACCGUGCAAAUUCAUACCUCCAUGUAGGGACACAGAAUUGGCCCAGUUUCCUCUCCGCAUGAGGGAUUGGCUCAAAAAUGUUCUCCUGCAGCUCUUCGAGAACGACUCCACGUCCCCUGGCUUUCUUACUGCGAAACAACGUUCUAGGGUGAAGAAAAUCUUUGAAAGUGACAGAAGACUUCAUGCAGGCGAUCACUCCCUGGAGCUUCUUGCUCAUGACUUUGAGAAGAAUUACAACAUGUACAUUUACCCAGUUCACUGGCAGUUUGCCCAACUGGACCAGCACCCUUCGGACAGAUACUUGUCCGUCUCUGAGCUGGCCCCGCUCAGGGUCCCCCUGGUGCCCAUGGAGCACUGCACCUCCCGCUUCUUCCAGCAGUGUGAUGUUGACAAGGAUAAGCAGGUGUCCUUUAAAGAGUGGAUCUCUUGUUUUGGGAUCAAGAAUGACGACAUGGACCAAAACCUCCUUUUCUGAGCUGCAUUUUGUACCAUGACCCAAUGGACAGCCAUGUGGAUUCUGGACAGAUUGUACAACUGGAUUAAUAAUUAAUAAUACACUUUAAUGUUUUUAAAAUUCUAGAUAAAACAGUUAUUAAAAGUUUCAUUUUUUUAUUAACUAUUGAGGUUUUAGCUUACGGUAUUUUGUCUUUCUGUAACCUGGACUAAGCUGGCUUCAUUUUUAUUAUCUUUUAUAUUUUAGCAGUUUAUUAGGUGAAAUUUAACACCAAAUCACAGUAGUGACGGAAGGCUUAGCAAAUCUUCUAAAAACAUUGUGGUCGUUAUACAAGUAUCUGUGUUAGUGGUUCUGGAUGUAAAUGUUUCUUAAUCAUUGUUUCUCAAAAUAAAGCUGCGGACAGCUGUUGUUUUUUCUCUUUUCAAUACUUUUUUUCACAUCAUGUGACUCGAGAACUCAGAUGCCAGGUCAGUUGAUACAAAAAAUCAAUAGAUAGAUAGAUAGAUAGAAAACAAUUUUAUU